AUGUUCUUUCACGUCAACCUCGAGCGUAACAUCACGCUCGAACCGCGACACUUCGGGGCGAGGAUGAAGGCGGUGCUGGAGGAGAAACUGCGACACGAGGUCGAGGGCACGUGCUCGGGAAGGUAUGGGUUCAUCGUCAUGGUCACGCGGCUGGCGGAGGUGAGCGAAGGCGUGGUGACGGACGACGGCACGGCGCGAGCGAAGUUUCACAUCAAGUACGAUUGUGUCGUGUUUCGCCCGUUCAAGGGCGAGGUCAUGGACGCGGUUGUGACGCAGGUGAAUAAGUUUGGAUUCUUCGCCGAGGCUGGGCCGCUGCAGUUGUUCGUGUCGAACGCGCUCAUCACGGAGGACAUGCAGUUUGAUAGCUCGGGGGAAAAUUGUUACGUGAGCGACGACCAGCAGAUUAGAAUCCAACGCGACGCAUCCGUGCGAGUGCGCAUCGUCGGCAUGCGCAUCGACGCGAACGACAUUUUCUGCAUCGCGACGAUUAAGGAUGAUUAUUUGGGUCUCAUCGAUUUCGGCUCGGGGGGCGGGAUUUAA